CUUUUGAGCUCUCUCUAUAUAUAACUAUUUGAAAAAUGGCUGAUGGAUACGAGAACCAAGCUCCUGAAAAUCUUCAGGGGAAGUAUCAAGCAAUGGUUGUUUGUUGUAUUCUUGGAAUCGGGUCUCUCGUUUCUUGGAAUAGUAUGCUCACUAUCGCAGAUUACUACUACCAAGUUUUCCCGGAUUAUCAUCCUUCAAGAGUACUCACACUUGUAUACCAACCAAUCGCGCUUGGAACAAUCAUGAUUCUCGCAUACCACGAAUCGAAAAUCAGUACUAGAAAACGUAUCCUGACCGGUUACAUUCUAUUCACAAUAUCCACAUUCUUGCUCAUAGUCUUGGAUUUGACAACAAAAGGACACGGUGGAAUCGAACAUUAUAUUGUUCUAUGUGCAAUUGUUGCUUCUUUUGGCCUCGCCGAUGCUACCGUUAAAGGAGGAUUGGUCGGUGAUUUAUCUUUGAUGUGCCCUGAACUCAUCCAGUCAUAUAUAGCCGGUUCGGGUAUGGCUGGUGCUCUAACCUCAGUGCUUAGGCUAAUAACUAAAGCAGCCUUUGAGAAAUCAAACAACCGUUUAAGAAAAGGAGCAAUGAUAUUCUUAGCAAUCUCAACAUUCAUAGAAUUCCUCUGCGUGAUGCUAUACGCUUAUGUGUUCCCGAAACUCCCGAUUGUUAAGUAUUACCGAAGAAAAGCCGCUUUUGAAGGAUCCAAAACUGUUGUUGCUGAUCUUGCUGCUGCUGGUAUCCAAAAUCAAUCAGAUUUGACUGAUGAUGAUUCCAAGAAUCAAAGGCUAAGCAAGAAAGAGCUACUGCUUCAAAACAUAGACCAUGCAGUGAAUCUAUUCCUCAUCUACGUUUUGACAUUAUCAAUUUUUCCUGGAUUCUUAUACGAAAACACGGGACAACACGGACUGGGCGAUUGGUAUGCACUUAUCCUAGUAACGACGUACAACUUUUGGGAUUUGGUCGGGAGGUACGCACCGCUGCUGAAUUGGUUGAAGGUUGAGAAUAGAACAGCACUAACGAUAACGGUUCUAUCCCGUUAUUUUCUCGUUCCCGCAUUCUACUUCACUGCAAAAUAUGGUGAUAAAGGAUGGAUGAUUAUGCUAGUUUCUAUUUUGGGAAUAACUACUGGACAUCUCACUGUUUGCAUUAUGACUAUAGCUCCUAAAGGAUACAAGGGUUUAUGUUCUUUUGAGCUCUCUAUAACAAUUUCCAAAAUGGCCGAUAGAUACGAGAACCAAGCUCCUGAGAAGCUCCAGGGGAAGUAUCAAGCAAUGGUUGUUUGCUGUAUUCUUGGGAUUGGAUCUCUCGUUUCUUGGAACAGUAUGCUUACUAUAGCAGAUUACUACUACCAAGUUUUCCCGGAUUAUCAUCCUUCAAGGGUACUUACACUUGUAUACCAACCGUUUGCGCUUGGAACAAUCGUGAUUCUCGCAUACCACGAAUCGAAAAUCAAUACCCGAAAACGUAACCUGAUUGGUUACAUUCUAUUCACAAUAUCCACAUUCUUGCUCAUAGUUUUGGAUUUGGCAACAAAAGGUCAUGGUGGAAUCGGACCUUAUAUCGGUUUAUGCGCAGUCGUUGCUUCUUUCGGCCUCGCGGAUGCUACCGUUCAAGGAGGAAUGAUUGGUGAUUUAUCAUUGAUGUGCCCUGAACUAGUUCAGUCAUUCAUGGGAGGUUUGGCUGUAGCUGGUGCGCUAACAUCAGCACUUAGGCUAAUAACUAAAGCAGCUUUUGAGAAAACAAACGACGGUUUACGAAAAGGAGCAAUGAUGUUCUUAGCUAUCUCCACAUUCAUAGAAUUUCUCUGCGUGAUGCUAUACGCUUAUGUGUUCCCAAAACUCCCGAUUGUUAAGUAUUACCGAAGAAAAGCUGCUUCUGAAGGAUCCAAAACUGUUUCUGCUGAUCUUGCUGCCGCUGGUAUCCAAAAUCAAUCAGACUUGACUGAUGAUGAUUCCAAGAAUCAAAGGCUAAGCAACAAAGAGCUGUUGAUUCAAAACAUAGACUAUGCAGUGAAUUUAUUCCUCAUCUACGUUUGUACAUUAUCCAUUUUCCCCGGGUUCUUGUAUGAAAACACAGGGCAACACGGGCUAGGCGCUUGGUACGCACUUGUCUUAGUAGCGAUGUACAAUUGUUGGGAUUUGGUAGGGAGGUACACGCCGCUGGUGAAAUGGCUCAAGAUUGAGAAUAGAAAACUAAUCACAAUUGCAGUUUUAUCACGUUAUCUCCUCAUUCCGGCUUUCUACUUUACUGCGAAAUAUGGUGAUCAAGGAUGGAUGAUUAUGCUUGUUUCUGUUUUGGGAUUGACUAAUGGACAUCUCACUGUUUGCAUUCUCACCACUGCUCCUAAUGGCUAUAAGGAUUGUUCAUUUGAGCUCUCUGUAACAAUUUCUAAAAUGGCGGAUAGAUACGAGCACCAAGCUCCUGAGAAGCUUCAGGGGAAGUAUCAAGCAAUGGUUGUUUACUGUAUUCUUGGAAUUGGAUCUCUCGUUUCUUGGAACAGUAUGCUUAGUAUAGCAGAUUACUACUACAAAGUUUUCCCGCAUUAUCAUCCUUCAAGGGUACUCACACUUGUAUAUCAACCGUUUGCGCUUGGAACAAUCGUGAUUCUCGCAUACCACGAAUCGAAAAUCAGUACCCGAAAACGUAACCUGAUCGGUUAUAUUCUAUACACAAUAUCCACAUUCUUGCUCAUAGUUUUGGAUUUGGCAACAAAAGGACGUGGUGGAAUCGGACCUUAUAUCGGUUUAUGCGCAGUCGUUGCUUCUUUCGGCCUCGCGGAUGCUACCGUUCAAGGAGGAAUGAUCGGUGAUUUAUCAUUGAUGUGCCCUGAACUAGUUCAGUCAUUCAUGGGAGGUUUAGCUGUAGCUGGUGCGCUAACAUCAGCACUUAGGCUAAUAACUAAAGCAGCUUUUGAGAAAACAAACAACGGUCUACGUAAAGGAGCAUUGAUGUUCUUAGCUAUCUCCACAUUCAUAGAUUUACUCUGUGUGAUGCUAUACACUUAUGUGUUACCGAAACUCCCGAUUGUUAAGUAUUACCGAAGAAAAGCCGCUUCUGAAGGAUCCAAAACUGUUUCUGCUGAUCUUGCUGCCGCUGGUAUCCAAAAUCAAUCAGGCUUGACUGAUGAUGAUUCCAAGAAUCAAAGGCUAAGCAAAAAAGAGCUGUUGAUUCAAAACGUAGACUAUGCAGUAAAUUUAUUCCUCAUCUACGUUUGUACAUUAUCUAUUUUCCCCGGGUUCUUGUAUGAAAACACAGGACAUCAUGGGCUAGGCGCUUGGUACGCACUUGUCUUAGUUGCUAUGUACAACUUUUGGGAUUUGGUCGGGAGGUACACACCGCUGGUGAAAUGGCUCAAGGUUGAGAAUAGAAAAGUAAUCACAAGUGCGGUUUUGUCACGUUAUCUCCUCAUUCCGGCGUUCUACUUCACUGCGAAAUAUGGUGAUCAAGGAUGGAUGAUUAUGCUUGUUUCUGUUUUGGGAUUGACUAAUGGACAUCUCACUGUUUGCAUUAUGACUAUAGCUCCUAAAGGAUACAAGGGUCCGGAGCAGAAUGCGUUAGGGAACUUGCUGGUGAUAUUUCUGUUAGGAGGAAUAUUUGCCGGAGUUGCUUUGGAUUGGUUAUGGCUUAUUGGUAAGAAGAAUGCCUUUUGAGUUCUAAUCACUCCAAAACCAGUGGUUCACUUUAGUUAAAUUGGAGAAAACCAUUAACAUCAAACGAAUAAUCAGCAAUUUCAGAAGUACUCAUAACAUUAUUACUGUAAUAACUCUCUUUUUCAUCCUCGGUGCUGCAAGUGCUACUAUUGAUGUAAGUUGUGGAACUUGAGUUCAAUGGAGUCGGGCUUGAAGAAGGUGUGGUCAAGACCGAGGCAAAGUCCGAGUAAUAAGGUUCUAAUACAGAGUUAGACUUGGA